GUUUUCUGUAGGCCCAGAGGUUUGCAGAGCAUACUGGCGCGUGCUCGCGCACCUGAAUACCUAUGUAUUCGCCCCGCACCACCACACCGGGACAUGAAAAAGACAUUAUGAGGAUAUGGGUGCCACGACAGAACUGCGACUGUCAUGCGCUCGCGCUGCUUUAGCUCAGCCUCGUCGAACCCUUCACCAGCCUCGCUGAGUCGCAGAAUUUAGCCACCCGCCAGCGCACCAAGCUGCCCGAACUCGCUGUUGUCACAGACGACGCGGGAUACAAAGUGCCGGCAGAGCGGGGUGGCACGUAUGUGCUCGCACGAAAGCGCAAGCUCCGCUCGCUGAAGCUCUGAAACACAUCUAGUCGUCGACAUUUCCCUCCUGUGAAACCUACACGUUCUUGAAGUCCUGGGCAAGAGUAUAAUUGCUCAGGAGGUACUUUUAGCUGCCAUCUUGCCCCUCGGCACAGAUCUAGAGUCAUGGACGACAAGUUCGAACGCGAGCGGUUCCUGGUCUUCGCGCUGUCCACGAUUACUACCUCACCUUUGUUCAUCUGGUCCCGCAACUGUAUCUGUCUGGCAUCCGCCGCAGGUUUAGUUAGUCCUGUUGAAACGCCAGGGCCUAGAUCACACCGAGGUCGACAGCAGCCUGAUCUUCGCGCCAAGGAACGAACAAGGUGGCGGUGAUGGGCGUAGUGGACCUACUGUUGUACGUCUAUUUGGUAUAUAUGCGGUCCUCAGAGCGCAACAGCUGCCGUACCUACGAAAGAUUUCAUCGCCGACACAGCUCGGGCUCGGUGUAACUAAGUCCACGUGGACCACAUCAUGAAAAUGCGCAUGGUGACGUGCACAACAGCUAUCUACGCUCGG